GGAUCCCGAGGCGCUGUGACUGCGCGCUCCCAGAGGAGGCUGCGGCCCUCGACGGGGAGCUGCUACAUUGUAUCCUGUGCUGAGGUCGUCCCCGGGCCACGGAGUGCACGUUUGCAACAGAUACUGCAACAAAGUUUCCCAGGCCUUCUGGCGGGCGGGCGGGCCGGGAGGACACCUGCAGGCUCCCUGGCCCGGCGCGCGGCGGCCGCCCCCAUGGCUCCUCCCAAGAAAGGCGAGCUGACCCAGGAAGAGAAGGAGCUGCUGGAAGCGAUCGGGCAAGGGAAUGUCCAGGAGGCCGGGAGACUGCUGGGAAGCAAGAAUGUUCGUGUCAACUGUUUGGAUGAGCACGGGAUGACGCCGCUCAUGCACGCAGCGUACAAAGGGAAGAUGGACAUGUGUCGGAUGCUCCUGCGACACGGGGCCAACGUGAACUGCAAUGAGCAUGAGCACGGCUACACGGCCCUGAUGUUCGCCGGACUUUCUGGAAAUAAAGAGAUUACUCGGGUAAUGCUGGAAGCUGGAGCAGACACGGAUGUUGUGAAUUCAGUUGGCAGGACAGCAGCGCAGAUGGCGGCCUUUGUGGGCCAACACGACUGCGUGACUGUGAUUAACAACUUCUGUCCCCGAGAGAGGCUGGAUUACUACACGAAGCCCCAGGGACUGGAGAAGGAGCCCAGGCUGCCCCCAAAGCUGGCAGGGCCCCUGCACAAGAUGGUCACCACGACCAAUCUCCAUCCGGUCAAGAUCGUGAUGCUUGUAAAAGAAAACCCUCUGCUGGCCGAGGAGGACGCCCUGAAGAGAUGCUACCGUGUGAUGGACCUGAUCUGUGAGAAGUGUAUGAAGCAAAGGGACAUGAACGAGGUCCUGGCCAUGAAGGUGCAUUACAUCAGCUGCAUUUUCCAGAAAUGCAUUCAGUUCUUGACCGAGCGAGAAGACAAGCUGGACGGUUUCAUCAAAAGUUUGUUAAAAGGCCGAGAGACAGACGGCUUUCCCGUCUACCAAGAGAAGUUCAUUCGAGAGUGUAUUCGGAAAUUCCCUUACUGUGAAACCACGCUCCUCCAGCAGCUCGUCAGAAGCAUUGCCCCCGUGGAAAUUGGCUCUGAUCCUACAGCCUUCUCUGUGCUCACUCAAGCCAUCACUGGUCAAGUGGGAUUUGUAGAUGUGGAGUUUUGCACCACGUGUGGAGAGAAGGGUGCAGACAAGAGGUGUUCAAUGUGUAAAAUGGUUAUUUAUUGCAACCAGAAUUGCCAGAAAAUCCACUGGUUCACUCAUAAAAAAGUCUGUAAGGUGCUGAAGGCUGCAUAUGAGAAGCAAGAGCUGGAAGCUGCCAAAGACAAGAAGAGGCAAGAAGAGGGACCAGCCCAGGAAAAAGAGCCAGAUGUCGAUUCCAAUUCAUCUAAUGAGGAGCAGCCAGAAACGGACCCUGGAGACACCAAAGAGGACCCCACAGAUCUGGCCCAGGAAGAAAAGGCCCAUGUGAAAGAGGCCCCCCAAAUAACUCCGGGGGCAGCCGGUGACACUGGCGUCCAAGGCAUGGAUCCUCUCGCAGCGCCCUGUGUGGAGCUGGCAAAUUGCAAAUGUUCAUCCUUCAUUUCUGAAGAGGACCAAUGACGUUCCAGGGUGACUUGGAGUGAACUGGAUAUAAGGGAGGUAAAUUUGCUCACUCGUCAGCCUCAUGGUCCCUGCUAAGGGAAGGAAU